GGGGUCCUAUUUAGCUGUAUGCUAGUCGACGAGACGGCGUUACGAGACAUUUAUUUACGCAUUUGAGGAGCACUGUGAUCAAAAACAACAUCAACAUCUUCGUUUUAGAUUGCUAGAGGAAUGUUCAACAAAGUGGCGUUCAAUCGGUUUGGUCAUUUACGUUCCUAGUGGCCCAUUAUUUGUGUUUUCCAACGACAAAGGGUGUGUUUUCUUUGGUCGCGCUAGCGCCGUUGAAUCAUAACAGUUGACUUAUUUUAGAUUUUCACCCGAAAAAUCAUUCGUGGUCCGUCGUUUGAAGAUAGACUUCAUUUCACAUCUAAACUGGGAGGGGUUCAUGUGCAGCAAUGUCUGGCAUUGCGCUUAGCAGACUGUCCCAGGAGCGCAAAGCCUGGAGAAAAGAUCACCCGUUUGGCUUUGUUGCUGUCCCUACCAAGAAUCCAGAUGGAACCAUGAACCUGAUGAAUUGGGAAUGUGCCAUUCCUGGAAAGAAAGGCACCUUGUGGGAGGGAGGACUGUAUAAACUCAGGAUGCUCUUCAAGGACGACUACCCCUCCUCACCACCCAAAUGCAAGUUUGAGCCACCGAUAUUCCAUCCAAAUGUCUACCCAUCUGGCACCGUGUGUCUGUCCAUCCUGGAGGAGGACAAAGAUUGGAGGCCCGCCAUCACCAUCAAACAGAUUCUUUUGGGAAUCCAGGAGCUGCUGAAUGAGCCCAACAUUCAAGACCCAGCACAAGCAGAGGCUUACACAAUUUACUGUCAGAACCGGAUGGACUACGAGAAGCGGGUCAGGGCCCAGGCCAAGAAGUUUGCACCCACAUAGAUCAGGCCGGACAGUCGGACUUAAUAGAGGUGACAAAGAGCAGAACCUGAAGGACCACUCCAACAAGGAUCAACUUUUCUGUACUGUUACGCCAUUUCAUAGGUGGCAUGUAAAAGAUAACCCCAACACUUGUAUAUUGGUUGUAAACUAAACGGUUGCUCGUAAGAAGGAAGCAGGCCAUCCAGGCACAAUGAGGAGGUGAAGCAUUCGAAAAACAAUGUAACCACUUUGCUUUGUUCAACCGGUUUCAUUUUCCCCGUAAAUUCCCUGGACGCACAUUUGGGAACAAGCAAAAGGCUUGGGAGUUUUUGCCAAGAGAUAACUGAACGCAUGUACAUACUAUAAAUAAAGAAAAUUGUGAAAGUUAUGUUUUAUAUUGUUUUAGCCAGUUGACAUUUGUGUGGUAUAAUGAUAAAGAAGGUGUAUUAAUGUGAAAUAAAAUUGAAUAAAAACAAAA